AUGCCCAAGACCCGUUCAAAACUAACGCCACGCUUCACAUUGUCACAUUUGGACCGACCUCAUCUCGUGCUCCACUCUUCGUCUCUUCUCUUACCCAACUCAAUCAUGCCAGGCCAUGGCGCUGAUGAUGUACGCACGUUUCAAUGCUCCUCGUCACUCCCGAUCUACACUACCCUGCGUCUUCCCACAUCUUCAGAAUUCUCCCAGGCACUGUGUUGCUUGCGUGCUGUACCCACCCUCUAUACUCUGCGAUCGCGCGGACUCCCAAUUAGUUCUUAG